AUGUGCCCCGCCACAGUGCCGCCCCUCUCAUCCGUCAGGGCGCUUACAUUCGACGUCUUCGGCACAACCGUAGACUGGCGCUCCUCGGUCACGGAGGAGCUGGCGCUCCGCGCACAUCGCAAACGCUCUUCCAACCCACCGCCCGCCCUGAAAGACCGUCUGGACCGCCUGGGCGAAGACGACUGGGGCCGCUUCGCCCAAGCCUGGCGCGAUACAUAUGUCCGCUUCGUCGGGUCCUUCGACCCCGAGCAGGACGCGUGGAAGACCAUCGACGAGCACCACCGCGACAGCCUCGUCGAGCUGCUCGAGACAUGGGGCCUCGGGGGCCUGUACACGGACGCAGAGGUGGACUCGCUCAGCCUGGUGUGGCACCGCCUCGCUCCCUGGCCCGACGCCGUCGACGGGCUGGCCAGGCUGCGUGACGGCGGGAAGCUCGUGCUGGCGACGCUGUCGAACGGCAACACGGACCUGGUGAGGGACCUGGACGACUUCGGAGGCCUCGGGUUCCACCGGCUGUUUUGCGCCGAGACGUUUCGGGCGUACAAGCCUCGCCCGGAGACGUAUCUCGGCGCCGCGACGGAGAUGGGCCUGGAGCCGGCGCAGGUGGCCAUGGUUGCUUGCCACAUGGGCGACCUGAAGGCUGCCAAGGCGUGUGGUCUGAGGACGAUAUACGUUGAGAGGCCAAGGGAGGAGGCCUGGGAUAAGGAGGGCGAGGAAUUCACGGCGGCCAGGAAUUGGGUGGAUUUGUGGAUUGGAGAAGAGGACGGUGGGUUUGUUGCCAUGGCAGACAAGCUCUUGGAUAUCCUGUAG